UCAUAUUCUGCAUUUAUUCAGUUGAUGCCAGUUUUCAUCAUCAUAAUAGUGUCAGUUAUAACGCAACUGAUGGCCACAAACCCACCCUACAGCUUGUUCUACAAAUCGUCCAUAGGCCAUGUGAUUAGUAGAGAAACUGAGAACUUGCAGGUGCCUUAUUACGUUGAUAAAAACUUUGAGAGGAAUUAUCAAGGAGCAGAACUUCAAGAGCUAGAGAAAACCGUUGAAAAAGAUUACAUAGAUUACAUUCAGACCAGCUGCUGGAAGGAGAAACAGCAAAAGUCUGAUUUGUCAAAUUUGGCCAAGCUGUACAGAGAUGAGCGGUUAAAACAGAAAGCAGAAUCACUGAAACUUGAGCACUGUGAGAAGCUCUCCAGUCUGAUUGGAAUGCACAAAGGGGGCUGACCAGGACACACACGUUCUGUAGUUUUAAUUUAUUGCUGGUUUAACUUAUGGUUUUAUUUUCCUUUGUAUAAAAAGGGAAGGAGUCUAUUGUAAAAAGUGUGGAUAUUUGAGUCCUUCUGCAUAGAGUGCAGAGAGGGGCCAACACAAGCUGCAGAGCUGGUGUUUGCUGUAAUAUAUACUGUACACUAUAUUGGUUCCAAGGACCAGUGGCACUUUGUAAAUUAAUCCCCUGGGAAAUGCUAUUAUUAGUUUGGAGCCCGUCCUCGUCAGUAGUUUGUCUGUCAUCCAGACAGUGUGUGCUUCCCAGGAGGGCAGACAAAUGUC